CCUCACUGCGCUCGUGUCAAUCGGAGAAAUAAAAUGGAGAAUUUCGUGUGAUUGUUGUUUUGCACAACAUAAAUCUCGCGUGCGGGUUGUCAAAAGUUUGUGUAUUUCGAUAGUUUAAAACCGGUCGAAAAGUGCGCUAAAGUGACCGGAAAUUCAGCCGGAACGUGACGAAGCUUAGGCGGGCCGGAUCCGCUCGGUGUUGGUCGGGAAAACGCCACUAGAAAAAAGCUCUUUUCGCGUUUGGGGCCCCCGUCGUUUGUCGUCCUGUGCUACCUCUACCCAAAAGAAGCAAAUCGCCAGAAGAGGCUUGGCGCUGCUCCUCUGCUUUGGAUGGGAGUGAAAAAGAAGGCUUCUCAAGCUAUCCGGGAAAAUGCGGUCCUACCUGGUUUAAGUACGGCGCGGUGGAUGUUUCAGUGAGGGCAUUACAUCACCGCGGUGGGUGUGAAGUGCUUGUUUGCGGGAAGAUUGUCAAUUUGAAGGAGAAUCAGAAUCGGCGCAAAAGUGGAAAUGCUACCAGUUCCAAUUAUCUUUUUGGCGGUGGAAUGAGAACGAGUCCAACUUGACGGGUAGCAAACAGCCGCCAGAGUGGUGGUGACGUGAGUGAGCGAGUGAGAAGGUAACGGGAUUAGAAAAACUAGUGUAGCAGUGAGCGGGUAGGGAGUGGAGCGGAAUCCCGUGUCGUCACCGGGGGGCGCAGGCCGUGUGGCAUGAUGCGUUGACGACCAGGUGGUAGAGCGAUUCCAUUACUGGAAGAAGAAAACAUUUGAAACAGAAUGUCUCAUCCAUCGUAACAUUGAAAUGGAACUGCAAUGCAUAACAAUCAGAACGUGAUUAAAUGGAAUAAACUGUGGAAACUGCUAGUGAAGUGUGCAAGAAGAGAUUGAAAUAAUAAAAAGCCUUAAACAGUACCGUACAAAGUGUUACAGAAUCCUUCAAGAAAUAAUCGAACCGAACAGUCCGUGCUUGCAUUGGUGGAUGGGUAGAGGAUUUUGACAGACCGCGGACCAGAAUGAAGGAGAUGGUCGGUGGUUGCUGUGUUUGCUCCGAUGAUCGGGGAUGGUCGGAGAACCCUCUGGUCUAUUGCGACGGUCAAAGCUGUGCGGUGGCCGUACACCAGGCGUGCUACGGUAUUGUGACGGUGCCGAGUGGCCCCUGGUACUGUCGGAAGUGCGAAAGUCAAGAACGAUCUGCUCGUGUGCGGUGCGAGCUGUGUCCCUCGCGGGAUGGUGCCCUCAAGCGAACGGACAACCUAGGCUGGGCCCAUGUGGUCUGUGCGCUGUACAUCCCGGAGGUGCGCUUCGGGAACGUGACCACGAUGGAGCCCAUCAUACUGCAGCUGAUACCACAGGAACGGUACAACAAAACAUGCUACAUUUGUCAGGAAAUGGGGAAAGGUUCCCGAUCGACGGCGGGCGCUUGCAUGCAGUGCAACAAGUCAGGUUGCAAGCAGCAGUUCCACGUGACGUGCGCCCAGCAGCUGGGACUACUCUGCGAAGAAGCCGGCAACUACUUGGACAACGUCAAGUACUGCGGUUACUGCCAGCACCAUUAUAGUAAAUUGAAAAAAGGCGGAAACGUUAAAACGAUUCCACCGUACAAACCUAUCAGCCAUGAAACGAACUCUAGCGAUGGGCCGUCGUCGCCGGAAAAGGAACUUGAACCUCCUCCGCCGCAGCAACAUCCCGGUGGCAGUGGUGGUGGCUUGGGUGGCAGUGGAGGCAGCGGCAUCAAAUCCAACAAUCGCCUCCCGGAACCGCAAGGAAAUGCUUCUUCGGCAUCUUCAUCAUCAUCAUCGUCUAAGCAAAGGAAGUCGUCAAGUGCGUCGAAGGGUUCGACCAGUUCUACUUCCACGUCCUCAUCCUCCGCGACGGUCGUCAGUACGAUCAGUGGAAGCAGCAGCGUAGUCAGUCAAUCGGGCACCUCCGUAGGAACGACGGGAAUCUCUAGUAUAAGCUCUGGCAGCGCCAGCAGUAGUGCUCUGGGGGUUCCUGUCGGAAAAACGAGUUCGUCCUCUUCGAGCAGCAGCAGCAAUAAGGAUAAGGAUAAAUAUAGCAAAAAUGUAAAUAAGGUAUCCAGUACAAACAAAAGUCACGACAAAGAGCCAUCCUCUUCCACGUCGUCGACUUCCUCGUCACAAAGGGACAAAAGCUCCAAGUCGUCUAAAUCCAGUGGCGCCAUUGGAAGUGCUGCGAAUACUGGUAGCAGUACAGGUGGGCUGGUAUCAUCAGUUGGCAAUGUGGCUAGUUCUAAUACAACUCUGGGGGCAGCCUUCCCUAAAGACGCCGAUUUUGCAACCCUUGCAGCAGCCAACGCAUCCGUACCACCACUGUCCUCUAGCAGUUCAAUUAAGCAACAGGAUCCCGCGACCAGCAGACCCGAAAAAACACUAGCUCAAAUUUCCUCGGCUGCUGCCUCCUCAGCUCGAACGUCAUCUCUUUCGCCUGCGGACAUUCCCACAACGCUCAUCAUCAAACCUCCUCACGAUCAUACGGGUAGCAAUAAGGAUCUCCUGUCGAAAGAAGCCAUCGCCAAGUUCACCACGUCCAACUUUACCGAAACCAUCGUCGUCAAUUCGGAUUCGGUUUUCGGAAGUACCACUACAAGCACCACCACUAGCAGUAACAGCAGUUCCGGAGGUGUACUAAAUGCCGCAGUAGUAUCAACGGCUAAUAUGCCGAACACUACCACCGGUUCUUCUGCGCCGGGACCGACUUCAGUGAUCGAAACCGGAGCCGGUAAUGUCGCCAACAAAGGCAACAUUUCCACAGGCAGUUCGUAUUCCGGCGGUGCUGGAUCGACCAUGGCCAAGAAACGGAAAGCUGAUGCAAGAUCUACUCCGACUUCGCUUUCCAAUCUCGAUAUCGAUAUCAAUCGUGACUUGAUUAAGGAUGUCGCGGUUUCGCUUGUGCCAUUGCCACUAAACAAAAACGAUAAUAUAGAUCCUGCGGCAUUGAGUGGCCUCGAGAAAAAUAUCAAAAAGACUAGACGAACUUCGAGAGUUGAACGACCUCCUAAGCCGAAUAAAAAAGGAAGAAGUAAACCCAAGGCUAAAACGGAACCGAGUUCCCCGCAUCAGCCGCCGACCGGUGAUCCAAACAUUCAGAACGUGAGUCCCAAUUUGAUACAAUCUCACACGUCGAACAUCAUCUCAUCGUCUAUAAAACAUCAGCAGCAGGUAACAUUUUUUACAUUUUUGAAGCCGAAUUCACCACAGCUUCAGCAGCAAUCACAGCAACAGCAACAACAACAACAGCAGCAAAGCCAACAGCAUACGCCCAGUCUUGUGGUGUCAGUUCCCUUGUCGACAGCUACCGUACCUGGUGUAAAUUUACCUGCCAAUAACAGUGGUGGUGGUGGUGGUAACAGUAGCAAUAGCUCCACUAGUGCAAGUAAUAAUGCUCCCAACAGUAGUAGCGGCAUCAGCAACGCAUCGACCAUCGUGUCGCCGGGCCAGAUGCCGCCAGGAUCUAGUCUGUACCAACAGCUAACACAGCGAACUAGCGAUCAACUAAUGAAUGUAACGACAAACCGGGCGAGUCCAGUGAUACAACAGCAGUCAUCCAGCUCGUCGUCGAGCCACGUAAUUCAGAAUCCCGCCCACUCGGUACUGGAACGUCAGUCUCCUUCAAUGAGAUCGUCACCUGCCAUCAUCUCCAGCGUCGGAUCGCACCUGCCAUCUCAGCAAUUGCAACAUCCUUUCUCGAGCGGAGUGGGGCUGGAACUAACGGCCAGUAGCCUGUCGUCCAAUGUGUCCGUACUACAAAGUAUUUCACCCGUGCCGAUGAGUGCCAUACAGAGUACCUCGUCGUCGCCCAUCAUACCGGGAGGCGGCGACGGUGGCCUCAAAAUUUCCUACGAGAAGCAAGUGUCGGUUUCUCGAAUAACUGCCCUUCAGGAAGAGGAACUUUCCGGCAGGAGAUCGAGAUCACAGUCAAGAGAUCGUGGUGGUGGUACCGGAAACGGAGGCAGCGCUGGUGGUGGCAAGACGCGUACCUCCAAGAAACGCUCGAUGCAGCAACAGCAGCAGCCGCAACGGUCGUCACCUUCGACUGCCACUGGCCCGUCAACCACUUCCUCUUCCUCCACCGCAAGCAGUGCAAUCUAUGCUAAUGAAUCCACCACCGCCAAUCGUAGCUCGACGCCUAGCAAUAGUCACAGCAGUAGCCAUGCGAAUGCUAGUAACAAUAAUCAGCUUAAUCUUAACAGUAGUUCCAGUAAUUCUAGUCAUACUAACUCGGCCAAUGGUAACAGUAGUAACAAUUUGCUGGCGACGUCCAUCAGCGGAUCGCCGCUUCAAGCCCACGCGGAGAAGUCAUCCCAAAUCAAUCCUUCUGCUUCAUCCUCGACAAGCACCGCAAAUACAACUGCUUCCAAUUCUUCGUCUCUCAUGACUUCCACUAUCACUUCCGCUGCUUCCGGUACCCAUGUCAUCGAAACGGUCGGCAUGGUAUCCGCCUCCAAUUUCCAAAGCAACCAUCCUACUACUACCGGCGGUCAGUCACAACCCCAUUUGGCCACAGGUGGCGGAACCGGAAACCAACCCGGCAACAACAAUAGUAGUAGCAUUACUGCCGGCACCGGCACCGAACACGGUCACGGCACUCCCAGUAGCAAUAACACCUGUAGUAACAGUAAUAAUGCUGUGGUGGUCACUCACACCAGCAAGAAGCUCAGAUCGUCACAAGCCUCAGCUGAAAUACCCUCGCCAUCUAAUUCCAGAACACCGGAUAAUAGCUUCGGUUCCAGUUCCUCGUUUAGUACCGGUGGUGGAGGGCUCAAGUUCUCCUACGAAGCACAACCAGGAACCAAUCCGACCAGCAUUGGCGCAACGUCGACCAUUAUCACACCGCAAGCAAUGGUGAAAGAAUCUCCACCCAGUUCUCCGGGUUCCGAUUCCGGUAUGGCAAGAGGCAACAAACGCAACCGAAAACUGUCGACGAACUCGAACGUAGCUCUCGGAGCACCGGAACCCAAGGAGAGCAAACUCUUCCAGAAUGGAGUGGUGCACGCUACCCAUAUGCUAGGUAACCAGCUGAAUCCGAACAGCAGUGUGGCGCAGAAGAUGUCCGAUCAGUUGAGUAUGGAGCUGGAAACGCACUCGUUCAUCGAAGCGGCCCCACAAAUCGUGGGACCUCCAUUCCCGGGCAAAAGUCAGGCGGCAAGAAGCAACACUAGUGCGCCGGUAGCCAGUGGGCCCUCGUUGAGCUCGAUGUUGGCCGGAGGAGGCACAGCCACUGCCAACGGCAACACGCCGCAGAGUUUGGAACAGCUGCUGGAACGGCAAUGGGAACAAGGAUCUCAAUUUCUCAUGGAGCAAGCUCAACAUUUUGACAUUGCGUCCCUACUGUCCUGCUUACAUCAGCUUCGGAGCGAGAACAUUCGAUUAGAGGAACACGUCAACAAUCUAGUGGCGAGGCGGGACCACCUGCUAGCUGUAAACGCUCGAUUGGCCAUCCCACUGAACCCCACAGCGAUGGGCGGAAUAGGACUUGGCGGUGGUGGCGGCGCCGGAAGUGGUGGCGCUGGGGGAGCAGGUAGUGCCGGAGGCCUCGGUUCUGCGGGCGGAAGCGGCCUCGGCUCAGUUGGAUCUCAAGGUCAAUUCAAUAACAUGCACGGCAAUGGACCGCACGAAUCUGCAGGAAGCAGCUCAUCUAACCCCUCCGUAACGAGCAGAAGUAGUCGAAUUCAGCAACAUCAAACCCAACAGCAGCAAUCACAACCCCAUUUUAGCAGUAAUGCAAGCAAUCAACUACCAUUGGAAAAUGGUAUUGACUUCCGGCAUUCAAAUUCCUCCCACCAAAACACCUCAAGUUCUUCAAGACAUCAUUCUCCAUCGAAUCAAUCGUGUCCACCACCGUCGAACUCAUCUAGUCGUCAGUCAUCGUCAUCAUCCAGCAGUGGCAUAUCUUCAGAUCAACCUUCGUCGCAUUCCCGCUCAAACCGCGGGAUUAACAACAGCAGUGCUAGUAACUCUUCGUCUACCAGUGGAAACAGCAGUGCAACGUCUUCAUCGGUUUACCAGGCGCAACAGCAAACGAUCUACAACACCGCACAUCAGAUUCCACUCUUGUUGGAGCACCACCAACAGGAGCACCAUUCCCAACAGCAACAGCAAGCGCAUCACCUACGGCAAACAUCUCCAACCGUUUCGUCACGUUCCCACCAGUCGCACUCGGCACGUGCAUCGGGCGGCAAUUCCCACCACCCUCCCGGUCCACUGUCCCAUCACCAUCCUUCGUUGACCUCAGCCGCACCUUCGUCCCAUGCACCACCACCGCCACCGGCACAGCAACAGCCGCUUCCCCAACGGCAGCGACACUAGGUCCUAGGUCUUAGUCUGAUAGGCUAUGUGGAAUCUCACGGUAGAGCACUGAAAACUGUGUGCGGCACCCUUAUUUAAGUACAAAUUGAUCAUAUUCACUGAACAGGACAACACGUGACACGCAAAUAGAUAUAGUGGAUGUACUUCUUUGAACAAACGAUGAAAAGACUGUAACUGAGCAGUUUGGGCACCAACAAUUUGGUGCAUGCCAAAAUUGAAGACUAUUGCAUCUAACUACCAUUAAACUGGAUUGAAAUACACUGCUACUAAAAUCUUAAAUUGCACUUCUUAGUAGACUGUAGUUGAGCUAUUACUAACUUGCAAGGGUUUGAUCGCUGCUAGUCUACAUAUAUUCAUUUUCAGUUAAUUUCUGUUGGAAUAUCGAUGCUUUAUAAAGUUGAUCUGUAUGUUUUCAAAGUGUCUGAGAAUUACCUAGUUUCAAGUCGGGUCUGAGUACCAUUAGUUAUCCUACGAUGUGAGCUUUCGACUAGCAUGGGAGACUUGGCCUUAUGACCUUCUUGUGCAUCAAGAAAGCAGCUCUCAGAUAUCUAUUUUGGCCUAGGUGCUUCUAAUUUGGUCACUCCCGUAAGAAAUACUCACGAUUGGCCAAAAUAGAAACCAAAGUUAAAAAUAUAGCCAAAGCUAGCGCUGUACUUCUAUUUUGGCCAGUGUCUUUCAAUACAUAAACUAAAUAUUAGCACAGUUCCUCAUAAUUCCUCUUUGACAGGCCUAAACCGAUGCUCCUAUCCUAUGGAGAGCUUUUAUGCACAUUUCUGAUGAACUUUGAUCCAUGUAUUUAUGGAGGAUUUCAGACUUAAAUUAGUUUUCGGAGGAGCUUCAGCAAGAACUUCUUUGAACAGACUAGAAGAGGUUCUUGGAACCAUCAUAGAACCCAAAUAAAAAGUAUUAGAUUUUAUGACCGUUCUAAAAACCUCAACAAGACUAAUUGGCCAUUAAAGUUGUUAUUGAGUAGCCUGAUCAUAUUUGAAAGACUCUUGUAAACGCCAGAAGAGUCUGAACAUCGAGCCUUCCCAAAAACUUUCCCGGAUUUAUAUUUUUUUAUAGCAUCCCGAUCAGAAAGGCAUAACAAAAAUGUAACAAAAUUAUAUCAACGGUUGAUAUAUAUAUAUCAACGUUUGUUAUAUUUAGAUAUAUUUGACAGAAUUGAUCUGAAAACCUGAUAUAAUUAUAUCAGAAUUAUAACAAGAUCAGUUAUAAUCAAAAUAAAUUCAUGUUGAUCAUCUUUAUAUCAACAUUAUAACAAACUCAGUUAUAGUUUUGAAAAUGAAGUGUAUGUCAAAUGAAUAUGUUACAGGUGGUGUUUGGUGCGCAAUUUCGCCGCUCUGUGGUGUACAGCCAUACUCUUCACUCCCAUACUAAUUCUUCGUCUUGACGUAACGUCCCCACUGGGUCAAAUCCAGCUUCUCAGCUUAAGUUAUUAACUGAGAGCUGCCGCUGCCAAUGACCAUUUUGCAUGUGUGCAUCGUGCAGCAGGCACGAAGAUACUCUAUGCCCAAGGAUGGCAAGAAAAUUUCCUUUAUGCAAAGUUCCUGGACCCACCGGAAAUCGAACUCUUCACACCCAGCGUGGUCUUGCUGGAUACCCUAC